AUGGCCGAUGCUCAAACUGCGUCGUUCUUUGCUGUGUUUCAAGAAAUUGGUAUUGGCUUUGAGGAAACUCAAGUCCUCUUCUCCAACAACCCUGACCUAACCUCUGCGUCUAUAGAAUCAUUGCGCGCCCGCCUUCUCUGUCUACGCUCUCUCGACUUGGACCCUCUCGCUCUCGGCAAAUUAAUCACAAAGCGCCCAACUGUCCUAACAGACAACGAAAUUGACCCUUUGUUAACCUUCCUUCGAGACGAAUUGCAAGGAAAACUCCAGAAACAGCGACUGAAUCGCCUCUUAACAAAAAUUAUUGUGAACUUGCCAAAGGUCUUGUGUGGCAGGUCGGUUGAUGAAAUCGAUAGAACCUUAGCUUUCCUAGAACCCUUUGGUGGCAUUGCUUUGAUUUUGAAACGCCCUCAAAUUUUGAACCAUGAUUUGGAUGCUCAAAUUAUUCCUAGGGUCAAUGUUCUGAUGGAGCUUAGUGACGGAGAUGCGGAUAGUGUUGGGAAAGUGCUGGUUAGGUUUCCCAUUUUUUUGAGCUAUAGUGUGGAACAUGUGGAGGGGCAUGUAGGGUUUUUGAGUUCUUUUGCUGAGCUUGAUUACAGACAGAUAUUUAGGAUACUACAAGUGUAUCCUGCUAUUGUUACUGCUAGCAGAGAGAGGAAACUGCGACCUAGAAUACAGUUUCUCAAGGAAUGUGGGUUGGAUUCGGAUGACAUCUUCAAGUUCUUGAUUAAAGCGCCCACGUUUCUAAGCACUUCGUUCCAUGUGAACAUUGCACAUAAGCUGGUUUUGCUAGUGAAGAUUGGGUAUAGGUACAGGAAAAAGGACUUCGCUGUGGCAAUUAGGUCUGCUACUAGGACAAACAGUGUGAACAUGCAGAUGGUGAUUGGUAUGUUCUUGAAUUAUGGGUUUUCAUGUGAAGAGAUCGUUGCCAUGAGCAAGAAGCAUCCACAGAUACUGCAGUAUAAUCACGCUUCUUUGGAGAUGAAGAUGGAGUACUUGAUAGAGGAAAUGGGGCGUGACAUUGAGGAGUUACUGCUUUUCCCUGCAUUCCUGGGGUACAAGUUUGAUGAUAGGAUUAAGCAUAGGUAUGAAGUGAAGAAGAAUGUUAGAGGAGCGGGAAUGUCGAUCAACAAGCUUUUAACGGUCUCUGAUGAGACAUUCGCUGGCAAACGUAAAAAGGCCCAUGCAUAG